AUGGCCCCUAAUGCCAAGCAGGUCAAGAAGCAGACCAAAAAGGAUUUGCCUUUUCCCAAGGCUCCGUUGUUGCGGCAGCCAAAAGACAUGCGAACCCGCCAGCUGAGCAACAUAUUGGCGGGACUCAACUACAUCCGCGCGCCCGUCGUAUGCACAUUGGUCUCUGUCCUGUUCACAGUGCCUGGCCUGCGGUGGGACAAUCCCAUAGAUCACUUGGAGAUCUUCGCGGGGAAAAUGUCGGUCACCCUGGCCGAGCUACAGGCUUCGCAAAAGAAUGAAGCAUCAAAAACGUCCAUUGGGCUCGCAGGGCGCCGAGCCGUGCCCAUCGACCUGGAGAUUGGUGGGGCCUCAAUGGACCUGACGACCGACAUUGGGAGUCGCGGCUCGACGGGGCGUUCAGUGGCCAAUCCAAUGGGCUUUGGGGAGUCCUGUCGAAUUGGAAAUCUUUUGGUUUCGCGGACGCUGGUGAUCAUGCUCAUUUGCGCAGCUAAGUGUGUCUGGUUUUGCUUGGAACAACCUGGCACAAGCAUCAUGGAGCUCCACACCCUAUUCCAGCGUUUCAUCAAAAUUGCGGCCCUUCGGAAACUCAAGAUCAACAUGGGCGACUACGGAGCGCCCACAUUGAAACCUACGAUCCUCUACUCGAGUCACAGGGCUAUUGAUAUGCUGCCCAACUACACGAUUCGCCGCCAGCUGGUGAAGAAGCACAUGGUGAAGCGUUAUGUGGAUGGGAACGGGAAGCAAAGAGUGUGCGGCGGUGUGGAUCUCAAAACGUCGCAAGCGUACCCGAAGCAUUUCGGUGUUGCCUUGGCAGCUUGCAGAAGCGCCACAGCAGCAAACCGCAGACUCACGGCGAAGAGGUUCCUGGAGGUGGCACGCAGGUCCAGCAACGAAGCCGACGGUCGGCGCCACAUUGACAAAGUGUGGCGUGAUGCAGCCCAAUUAGAUAGUGUCAUUAAAUUCUUGACGCAAAGGCCUUGA